AUUGAGCGAGGCGGAGCGAUUACUCGGUUAUCACCGCAACCACCGGACCACUCGGUGAGCAAACGUUCCACGGUGGACCAGCUCGAGGCGAGCCGCAUCGAUCUCACUUCUUACUACUACCGCUGCUGCUGCUGCUACUCGAUCUCGCGGCUCUCGUUUAAAAGACGAUCCCGCUGAUCCCACUGCGACCAGAUCGUCCGGGGUACGCGUGGCGACGAACACCGGUGGGCACGAUUCGCGCCAACUCGAUCGACCGAUCGAGCAGGAUGGACUUUUGAUGGACGUUGGAUAGGAAACCGGUGGUGAAGAUCCGAGGAGCGGCAGAGAGUAGAUGUGUUUUGCUUCCGUGUUUCGUUCACCGUCGUCGUCGUCGUCGUCGCCAUCGUGGUCGGUAGCGAGGUGUGACUCGCUCCUGACAUCGCGUCCACUCGCUCUCACUACCACCGCCAGCCAGCUACCAAAUCGCUCGAGAAUACGUCGCGACAGCGAACUCGGAUAACCAAGGAAAAUGUCCAGGACGAUCGGGAUUCAUCUGCUGGUCCUCUUCCUCUGCUGCCAAGCGUUCAGCUACAGCUUGAUCCUCGAGGAAGACAAGGAGCCGAAUUACCUGAACGCAGGUGUGGGAGAGUACGCGGUGUUUAAUUGCGACUUGGACUUCCCGCACGAGACCCCCAUUCCGUAUAUUCUCCAAUGGAACCGUGACGGUCGAACGAUCUUUUCGUGGUACAACGGAUACUCGUCGGUGGGUCUGGGCUACGAGGGUCGCGUGCACCUUUUGGAGGACUCGGUUACCAGAGGCUACGGCCAGGGCAGCAUCAACCUUACCAACAUUCGCGAGAGCGACCAAGGAUGGUACGAGUGCCGGGUGAUCUUCCCGAACAGAACGCCCAACUCCAGGAACAAUGGCACAUGGUUUUACCUCGCCAUAGAUGGUGCGUCGCCGUUUCCGACGUCUGUUCCAGGCGAGACUCUGCUGGCGGUACCGCCCGUCAACAAGACUGUAAUGGAGGGCGAAUCUGUGAGUUUCGAUUGCGUCGCUAAAGGAGAGCGAUCCGUCGUCAGCUGGUUCCGCGAGGGCUCUGAAAUCACGAAGAACGAGGAUCUCAGAAGGAGAGCAUCCAUCGGCGAGGAUGGAACGCUGACCAUCAAUUCCCCUGCCAUGGGUGACCUCGGGGAGUACACUUGCGUGGUGACCGGUGACACUGGAGACCAGCAGAGCGCCUCGGCCUUCCUCAACGUGCAAUACAAGGCGAAGGUUAUCUACGCUCCCCGGGAAGUCUAUCUACCCUACGGCAAGCCGGCCCUGCUGGACUGCCACUUCAGGGCGAAUCCACCCCUGACGAACCUGCGUUGGGAAAAGGAUGGAUUUCUCUUCGAUCCUUACAACGUCCAGGGCGUCUUCUACAGGAGAAACGGUUCCCUGUACUUCAGCAAAGUGGACGAGACCCAUUCCGGAAGCUACACUUGCACGCCGUACAACGAGCUGGGCACAGAGGGACCCAGUCCUUCGAUCACCGUCGUCGUGCAGAGGCCUCCAGUGUUCACCGUGACCCCGUUGCACAUGUACGUGAGAAAGCUGGGAGAAAACUUGGAGAUACCUUGCGAUGCCAGGGACGGGGAUCAGUCCCAUCGACCGUCCAUCGUUUGGUACAAGGAUGGCUCGCCAGUCCCGCCGGGCAACAGGACGAUCAUAAUUGGCGGCAACUUGACCAUCGACAGGAUUCAAGAACAGGAUCGGGGACUGUACCAGUGCGCGGCUAGCAACGAGGCUGCGACAGUGGUCGCGGACACGGAAUUAAUGGUGGUGAACGUGCCUCCGAGAGCGCCGUACAACAUCAGCGCCAACAGCAGCAACAACGCGGUCACCCUGACCUGGGUGCCGGGGUACGUGAGGCCCAAGAUGGAGUACUCUGUCUGGUACAGACCGACAGACACCACGGAGUGGAGAACGAUGAAGAUCUUGUCUAGGAAGAUCACCGAGGCGACCGUGAACAAUCUGAACCCAGGGCGCGAGUACGAAUUCAUGGUCCUCAGCCAGGACGAACACGGGGACGGGAUGUUUAGCAAAACGCUGCGUAUUUUCACGCAACCUCAUUCGAUCGACGAGAACUCGGCAUCGGAGUAUCGCAGCCCGCCAGACGACCGAAUGGGUCCGCCAUUGAACGUGCGAGUGCAGCCCACGGUGCAGGGUUAUUUAGUCACCUGGGAACCCCCGGCUUACGGCAAGGAGCAAGUGAGAUUGUACACGGUGAAGUGGUUCCGAGGACUGGGCGAGCAACUGUACGGGAGGGCUGAAACGACCGACACUUACUACCUAGUUAAAAUCCCGGAGGAGGAAAGUUUCUACACCUUCGAGGUAGCCUCGAUGUCUCUCGCUGACGACGUAUCGGCGGGUGACAGGAUUAGCCUGGAUGUGCCAGCGUAUCGCAGGAACAGGGCGAUUUCCAUGGGGAUAGUGGCUGGUAUCGGGUUCCUGGCAGCAGCCCUGGCCGCCAUCUGGUGGGCGAGGAAACGGUUCUGCCAGUCGCCGAACGAGAAGUAAGGGACGGCGUUCGUGGAAGGACUCUAGGCUCGUUCGGCGUCGAAAGCUUUCGAGAAUGGAAACGCGCACGUGCAUGUCGUCGAUACGAUCAGUCGUAAAUAAGUUUACCAAACGUAGAGAUAACGUACAGUCGACGCAGCGAGUGCGAGUCCCGCUUCUCCGAGUGGCAGCACCGGCGCAGCGUCAAUGGCGUCGCGCGCGAUCUUGCGAAGCUGCUCGCCAACUCGCGAGCGACUGCCGCGAACCUGUAACCGUUUCCAUGUAAUAUAUUAUCGAUCGCGUAGAUGUAUCGAAACUAUUGUUGGAAACUAUUGGACGUUGGAGGAGGAUUUGGAACGGUUUGAUUUACUGCGUUUACGUAUAAGUUACUACUACGAGUGUUCUCGCAUUGCAUCGCGUUACAUUAUGUAUCGUUUAAAAGCUUUAUUAGAUAAGUGCACGUUUAUUAAGGAUUAGAUGUGGCAUUUGGUCAUUAUUCGGGCACCGGGCCGUGAGGAACGCAGGGGUUCUUAACGCGGCGAAAGUAACAAAGCGUCUCCCGGGCUAGAUAACUCGGCUGAGUACCUAUAUAUGUAUACAUCCGAUAC